AUGAACAAUCGACCCUCCCAGACCCCCGUUCCCUUCACCCAGAAAACAAAAGAAGAUUUCUUGCAACACGUACUCGAAAAUCCAUCUAGUCGUCGGAUAUCUCGACAUGACCCGGAAAAUCUCCUCGAAUGGUUGACGAAUCCUUCGAAACGACCCACCUCGCAGACAGAGUUCAGUCGACGGAAUUACGUUCGGAAGACUUUCACCUGGGACAAAAAUUCUCAAAGUCUUCUCGCAAAGCCCAAAAAUGGCGAAGAAGGCAAUCGGUUGGUGAUUUGCGAAGAUAGAAUUGCCGAUACGGUGGAGUGGGUCCACGAAAGCAGCGGCCAUGCCGGAUGGGAUAGCACCUGGAAGAAUAUUAGCACCUCCUACUAUGGAAUAUUGCGCUCAGAUGUCAUUUUUCUGUUGAAACAAUGUCAGAUUUGCGCCCACGACCCUUCCAAGCGUUCCAAAAGAACAAAUGCCAACAUGAAAGGCCCAUCCUCAAGCCAUGAAGCCCAAUCGACUUCGGAAGGGGAUGAUGUUGAACGUGAGGAUAUUAAUUGGGGCUCAUGGACAUUGGAAACCCCGGCUACAGGCCAAAGCGUGAUGGCAGAUGAAGAUUAA